GUCGAUUUUUAUAUCCAGAGCUUUGCGUGCACACGGACAACAUUUACCGAGAGGAAACAAUACAUCCACAUUUACAAAUACAGAAAGCCUGGCUGACUGAUUUCCUUUCAGAUUUUGGAUACUCUUGAGCGCAUCUUUUGGGGGGGAUAAAAUCCAGAUGUUUUCCUAAACAAAGGAUGGUGCACCCAGUGAUGCGAAGUUGUUAAGCCACGAGGAAUCGGAUAAUCAUUGUUGUGCCUAGAGCUGCCCCGGACUUUACGCAGACACUGACAGCAGAUGGUGGGAUCAUAUUUGUGUGGCUUUUACGCGCAGGUGCUGCACGCUGAGGGACAACAGAACGUGUAACGGGGGUUUUGGUUGCAGAGGAGGAGGAGGAUGGUGGCGGAGAUGGCGAACUGUGGAGCGGCUUGUCACCUGGAGGACGGAGACGGAGACAUCCCUGCACCUGGUAACAAAGAUAAUCUGACAGAAAGUGAAGGCAGUGGUUCAGAAAACACAGGGACGUCCACUGAGGACAGCUCCGAGGAGGAAGAGGAGGACAAAGAGGGGGACGAGGACUCUGAAUCCUUUGCUGGAAAGGACGGAGGUGAGGAAGACGAUGAGGAGGCCGAUGCGGAGGAGAGAGAGUCCGUUUCGAGACCUGGAGCCGAGGCUUCUAAUGGGAAAGAUGAGAGGCCAAAAUACUGCUGUGAAAAAUGCAAAGCCAUCCAGCAGAGCCACAGCCAUGAGCUUGUUACGCCCAGGAAGAUCAGUAAGGGACGAUUACAGGUUCAGCUGGAAGGAGAGGGCACGUACGAGUGUUCGGUCACAGGUUUGGUGUUUGAAGCGUCAGAGCAGGUCCUCCUACGGUACUCGGUCUUGUCCUGGUCCAAAUUUGGCGCGUUCCUGCGGGACUCCUGGAAAUUCGCAGGACCCAUCUUCAACGUGGACACGGUCGGUAAAGAUGCUUCUGUCCUCAGGUCCAUCCAGUUCCCUCACUCCGUCUGCCUCGCGGAUCCAAAAAAUGAGAUGACAUUCAGUGUCCUGCACAUAAAAGACAACCGUUCGCUCAUUGAGCCCAUAGUGGACCACUCAGGUAGUCAUGUGAAGUGGAAUGUGUCGUCCCUGUCGCCCGUGGGUCCCAUAAUUCAGACAACCCAGUCCGUGGAGCACCACGGGGUGGUCCUGGUCUACAAGCAGCUGGGCAGUGGCAACAACAACUACAGCUUCCAUGUCUACCUGGCCACCAACAGCGCAUCUGACAUCAAGGAUAUACGCAAGCAGGUGCAGGGCUACAAGAACCGUUACGUCCGGAUAGAGAAGCCCCCCACGUGUAAACUGGACGAGGGGACGUAUCGUCUGCUGAGCGAGCCGGAGGGAGAGAUCAAACCUGAGGAUUUGAAAUUCACCCUCGCUGUGACUAAGAUGAAAGGCUACUUUGAAGCUUUCUUUGAGCAGCCUCCUCCCUUUAAGUUGUCUCUCGUAGAGAUCGACACUAAUGAGACUGUUUGGUCAGCCACCAUCAGAGAAGGUGACUGUGUGGGUCACACAGAAAAAAAGCCAAGGAAAAGGACAAACAGCAGGCUUGGGAGCAGCAGCCCGUCAGAAGGAGAAGAAACAGGCUGUAAAAGACCUCGAUGGCGGGACGAAACAGAUGGGAUUAAAGCAGGGAUCACUCACGGUCAAGACAUGACGGAGAAGCAGCUACUGCAGGUGGCCAAGCGGCUCGGGACAGGGUGGAGGCAGGUGGCCAUCGAUCUGGAGUUUAACUUCAAUGAGCUGGACGACAUCCAGGCGGCAGAGAAAGAUGUGACCAUGCAGAAGCUGAAGAUGCUUGUGGAGUGGAAGAAGAGGAGGCAACCGGGAGAGGCAACGGCAUAUCACCUGUCGAAGAGCGUGGAGAAUCUGGAUGACCUUCCCAAUGAGGUCCAUCAGAUUCUGCAAGACAUGAUAGACAAUCGAGCAGCUAAGUGAAAAAGGACUUCCACUGACUGAUGGAUUUCUGUGUCUCGAAAAGAAAAAUCUCAGGAGUACAACAAAGCAAAGAAAGGUUGACAGAGCAAACAUCAGCUUGAUUCCCAGUUUAUUUCUCUUUUCUGGACUUGAAACUGAGUGAUGGUUUAUUUUAAAGCUGCAUUUCAUCAGAAGAGCCAGAGUCUUAACACCUGAUGAGCAUUUCCAGACUUUAGUUCAAGCGUAGUCUCUUCCUGUGAUGCUUACAGGAACAGACUGAACCUACAGCUUCCUUUGUUUAUCCUGGAUUUCAUUCUUUUCAUUUCAGGUUUAGAAAAAUGGCCAGUACAGGUAGAGGUCAUUGAGAUAUUUAGUAGCUAAUUAUGUAGCCAGUAACAGAUGUACUGUACUGUAGGUGCUGCAGUGUUGAAACUGCAAUAGAAAUGGGGGG